ACGACGUAACUGCGAAAGAGACCAUCCAAGUGUGGUGUCGUGAUUGUGAGUCAUCAAAUAAAUUACAUUACACAUCUCUGCAAUUGUAUUGGUAAUUAUAACAAAAAUAAUGUUCACUUGGACUUCUUCUAACUUCGAUAAGCUUUUAGGUUUUUGAAGAUGAUGGAAGAGGCCUAAGAAAGUGUUUAACAAAAUAAAUUUAGGACUUCUAGAAAGAAAGCUACGAGUCAUUUACAGCUAGAACCUGAUUGGAACGCAAUAUUACAAAUUUGUGACUCUAUUCGUCAAGGAGAUGUACAAGCAAAGUAUGCUAUUAAUGCCAUAAAGAAAAAAUUAUAUGCACAAAAUCCACACGUUGCUUUAUUUGCUCUGCAGGUUUUAGAAUCAUGUGUCAAAAACUGUGGAUCACCUGUUCAUCAAGAAGUAUCUACAAGAGCUUUUAUGGAAGAAUUGAGAGAGUUAGCUAAGAUUACUCCAAAUGACGAUAUAAAGAAUAAAAUUUUAGAAUUAAUACAAACUUGGGCUCAUGCUUUUCGUAACGAACCAAAUUAUCGUGCUGUUCAAGAUACAGUUUCAUUAAUGAAUAUGGAAGGUUUCAAAUUUCCAGUACUGAAGGAAAGUGAUGCAAUGUUUGCUGCAGAUGCAGCACCAAAAUGGGCAGAUGGUGAUUGUUGUCAUCGUUGUCGAGUUCAGUUUUCAAUGGUACAAAGAAAGCACCAUUGUCGAAAUUGCGGUCAAAUAUUCUGUAAUAAAUGUUCUUCUAGAACUGCUCCAAUUCCUCGAUACGGUAUUGAAAGAGAAGUUAGAAUUUGUGAAUUAUGUUGGGAUAAACUAAACAGAUCUGCAGCUGUAAAGGAAACUAAUUCAGGAUCUGAACAAUCUCCUUCCAAUGUUGCUAACAAAUCUGCUGGAAGUGGUGGUACUAGUGGAGGAAAGUCUGAACAAGAACUGCAGGAGGAAGAAGAAUUGCAGUUAGCUUUAGCUUUAUCUCAAAGUGAAGCUGAAAGUCAAAAAGAAAGAACUACAGGAAAACUGCUUUCAAAUCAGAAAGAUUUUGGACUAAAUGGAAUAUAUGCAACUACAGAAACUAGUAAUGAGUCUCUUAAGGAGUCUUCAAAUAAUGCUGCAGAAUCUGAAUUGGCUCAUUAUUUGAACCGUUCUUUCUGGGAAAAGAAACAGCAAGAAGGUCUUCCUCAUACUCGAACAAGUCCUGUACCUAGUGCUCCUUCAACAGUUGUAACAAGUCAAGCACCCAAGAAAUUAACAGAGAAAUUUCAAAAUGGUGAAAUGGAUAAAAUGCAAGAAUUUCUGUUCAAUCUUCGGAGCACAUUAGAAAUAUUUGUCAAUCGCAUGAAAAGCAAUUCAAGUAGAGGCCGACCGCUAGCAAAUGAUACCUAUGUUCAAUCUUUAUUUAUGAAUAUUACUAAUAUGCAUUCCCAACUUCUAAAGUAUAUACAAGAACAAGAUGAUUUAAGAGUACAAUAUGAAGGUCUUCAAGAUAAAUUGGCUCAGAUUCGUGACGCAAGGGCAGCUUUAGAUUCCCUUAGAGAAGAACAUAGAGAACAUCGCAGAAGAGAAGCCGAAGAAGCAGAAAGACAACGUCAAAUACAAAUGGCUCAUAAAUUAGAAAUUAUGCGAAAAAAGAAACAGGAAUAUUUGCAAUAUCAAAGACAGUUAGCUCUACAACGAAUGCAAGAACAAGAACGUGAAAUGCAGUUAAGGCAAGAACAACAAAAACAGCAGUACCAGGUCAUGCAGCAGGGAACCAAACUUCCACCUGUUGUGUAUUCUGGUCCUCCACCACCUCCGCAGCCAUCUUAUGUGCCACCUCCAUCUAAUGUCAACUAUCGAAUGCCACCUCCAGGGACUGCCGGUGGCAAUUCUCCUGCACACCCUCCAUUUGUUCCUGGAUCAUUUGGUCCAUCAAAUCCUGCUAUGGUUCCAUCUAACCAAGCAAAAUUUCAACCUCAACCUUUUAACAUGCAAGGUAUUCCAAGUGGUCAUCCUCAAUUUCCUCAAAUGGGUCAGUAUCCUCCUGUUCCAGGAACUGCAACCACUGCUGCCGCUCCUCCAGGUCCCGGUCCGAUUCCGUCCGUUCCCCCAGGAGUCAUGAAUCCACCCCGGGGUCCAAUCGAUUCUGCACCAAGGGCAAUUCUGCCCCAGCAGGUGACUCAGCCAGGACCAAAUGCAAUGCCCGGGCACCAGAUUGUCUCUCCAACCAAUCCGCCCAUGUCCCCUCCUAGCAGAUCGGAACAGCAGCCUCCUCCAUCUCAACCCCCUCAACCUUCUGCGGAUUCCCAAAAUUCGUCAGAGGGUGCACUAAUCUCGUUCGACUAAUUUGUCGUCCUUAGUCAAAUUUAAUUUUUACAUUUAGUUCUCACAAAAUUUGAAAUAUAUAUUCUAAUGGUAUUUGUAAAUUUCUGAAUUUCUAUAAUCCUUUUAAUAUCAAAGAAAGUAGCCUUUAGACAAAAUAUAUACAUGUAUAUUAUUGCUUUAAUCUGAUUUUAUGCUAUUUAACCUUGAUUUAUAAUUAUAAUCAAUAAAUGGAAAACUUUUUCAUAUCUUUAAAAUAAUUGUAAAUAUCUUUUUAU